AUGGGAGCAAAACCACCACCGGACCAGACAGAUACAUCACACACCCGUCUGGAUUUUUUGAAGAACCACAAUGUGACAAUUUGGUGGAAGUUUUCUUGUGGCCUUAUUCCCAAUCUGCUGAUCCCGACCCACUACAGGAUCCAAGACCCCACCUCUGUGAAUGGUUUCUCUUGCAAGCCUGUCUCUGAUGUGACUUCAGAGGAUUUCUUCGUUGAUGGACUCAGCAAAGAGGGAAAUACUACUAAUGCCUUUGGAGUCAGCGUCGCACAAGGAAAUGUUUUUGCGUUUCCGGGGCUAAACACCCUGGGAAUCUCCAUGAAUCGAGUUGACUCUGCUCCUGGAGUAGUAGUCAUUGAGGGGAAAGUCCUUGUAGGUCUUGUGACCACUGGAAAUGUAUUCUACUCAGAAGUGUUAGACCUCAGGGCAGGCGUUUCAUGUUUGUGA